AUGAAGGCGUCAAUUAGAAAGUUAAAUGACAAUACUGUCACUGUUAGUAUUCCGUAUAAGAUUAUGCGUUGCUUUAAUCUUGGAGCAAGGAUGUCAUUAAUCAAUUUCAAUAAUAACGUGGUGCUUUAUUCACCAAUACCAUAUGACGAAGAUGUGUUUAAUCAAGCAUUGAUGUUACUAUUCAACAAGGACACCGUUCCUGAAUACGAACUCAAAUAUUUAAUUGCCUCCAAUGAUGAACACAAUUUAUAUUCUCAUGAAUAUAAAGAAAAAUUUGGAUGUAAAGUUAUUGCUGGAGAGAAUUGCAAAUUAAAGAAUAAUUGCAAAAUCGAUUAUCCAUUAACUGCUAGAAUUGAAGACCAAAUAAUUAAAGGUUCGAUGUGGCAAGAUGAAUUGAAUAUUCCUGAUCCAUUUAUGAAAAAUUUGGAAUUGAUAUACAUGGGUAAACACAUGGUUCAUGAUGUAUUGUUGCUUGAUAAUACUUCCAAGACAAUGUUUGUUGGUGAUUUGUUUAUGAAUUUAGGAGUUCCUGGAACAACUACUGGAAAAGUCACUUUAGAACAAUAUUCACCUGAAACUGGUUUCCCAAAAGGAUAUAAUCCACAUGGAUGGGGUUCUUUCAUUACUAGAUAUUGUCAACCAGAUUCUUGUGUUUGUCGCUAUCUUGCCAAUUACAUGGCUGGCACUAAAACUGAACAAGGUAAGAAUGUAAUCAAAAGUAUUGACAACAAUUGGGACUUCCAAACCCUCGUCAUGAAUCACGGUAAUGUUGUUGAAAAGGAUGCACAAGCAAGCUGGAAGAAAUUAUUUACUGGUUAUGUUUGA